AUGCCUGUUUCCACUACCUCCGCUGCAGUCCACAUCGCUCCUGUCGUUCUCAAGACAUUCUUUCAACACGCUAAGAGGAAGACCGCGAAGCUCAAAGAAGAUGACAAGACGGAGGACGCUUGGGAUGACAUCUUCUAUGAUGAGGCGUUCCAUAUCGUCAAGGCUUUCAUUAAACUAGGCACGAAGAACACUGUUGAGUCUCUACAGUCCUUCACCAACACUCACGUGCCCGCACCCUUCUGGUGUGCGGUUAUUCCCGUCAAGGUUCCUCUAUCUUCCUGCAACAUUGCCGCCGAUACUCUCAUCCAAUGGUUCGGCCCGGAAGAGCUCAAGCACGUCGUCGGCGGGGAACGGUGGUGGCAAGUUCGGGGUUUGGACUUCAUAGAUGCUGAAUGGGUAACAGAGAAGUCGUACCUGAAAGAUCGCACAUUUCCGCACGAUUCGCCAGCGACCGAGGACGAGAAGACUAUCCUCAAAAUGGACCAUCUGGAUCGUGUGUUGCUGUACGUCCACGGCGGCGCUUUCUUCUGGGGAUCAAUCAACACUCAUCGUUACCAAGUCAUUCGCUAUGCUAGGAAGAUCAAAGGCCGAGCUUUCGCAGUCAACUAUCGGAAAGCGCCUCAAUAUCCAUGGCCAUGUCCUUUGCAAGAUGUGUUAGCAGCCUCCGUCCACCAGCCAGUGCCACCGUCCAAAUUGGUGUUCGCAGGAGACUCCGCAGGGGCGUCACUUUGUCUUGCCGCAUUGGCGGUCCUCAGAGAUCUCGGGCUUCCCCAACCUGCGGGCGCAGUCCUCAUCAGCCCCUGGGUCGAUCUCACGCACAGCUUCCCCAGUGUCAUGAACAACACGGCAACCGACAUCAUCCCACCCCACGGCUUUAUUCACAAGCCGUCGCCCUUGUGGCCCGUGAACCCCAAACCCGACAGCGGGCGAGUCCCUGGGCACGCUGACAAGCUCAAACCUGAUGUCAUCCCAGGGGCGGGGCCAAGAGAGAAGCAGGCGGAUGCGCAGGUCAGCACUGAGCGCAUUCAGUCACAGCAGGAGAUGCAAGCCGUCGGAGGCGUGGAUUCUCCGCAGGGCCAGGGCGUCCCUGUAGAUCGCAGUGCGGAUGACUCUGCGUCCGACGUCGAGCGACGGAGGGAAGCCGAAGACCUCGACCAACGGGAACCCAAGCCACCCAAGGUGCUCAUGGAGGACCCAAGCGCGGUCCCAUUGGAGCUCCGUGCCCAAAUACAGCUGUACGCAACCACAGAGCAGCUGUCGCAUCCAUUGGUUAGCCCCAUCAUGCAGUCUUCUCUCGGCAACCUGUGUCCUCUCUAUAUCAUUGGUGGCAAUGGCGAAUGCCUGCGCGACGAGAUUAUGUAUGUCGCGCACAAAGCCGCGCAUCCGAAGGAUUAUCCGGUUCGUCAAGGCAUCCUCCGCGACGGCCACCGUCAGAAAGAGAACGCCGAGAAGUUUCAAACGCCGACCAAGGUUCAUCUGCAGAUCUAUGAUGAUAUGUGCCACGUCUUGACAAUCUUCACGUUUACUCCCAUGGGCAAGUAUGCGUAUCGGUCAAUAGCGCAGUUCAUCAAGCAUGUCACGGACAACACGGAGGAACACCUCGAGCGCAACCCCUUUCCAGAGCUUCACAGACCUCCAUCUGAGAUUUCCGCGUCGUCCGAAGGAAGCGCAGACGGUGAAGAAGAUGCUUCGAAGACGCGCGACGGGCGCGCCCGCCAACGGCCGGACAACCGGUCGGACGUAGAACUGUACCGCCAGAACGAGAUCCGUCUGGAGCAGGAAGUGCAAGACGGAAAUGUGGACAUGACGCAAGACAGGACAGCGCCGAGCUCCAAGGACCCAGAACAGGACGUUCCGAACGUGCUCAUGAUUAGAGAGCGCGUGGAUGUUUCGGGGAGUGUGCGUGUCAUGGAACCCGUCGAGGAGAUCGCAGCGCUACGCAUUCCACCACAAGAGAUCGGUGUCAUCAAGGAAGCUCCCGUCAAGCGGUGGCUGGCAGGUCAGGAUGCCUGGGACAAGAAGUACAGGUAUACUGCCGAGACGGUUCUCCGUCAGCGCAAACAUUAUGAAGAGAAGGCGAGGAAGCUAUUGGAGCAUGCCCAACAACAAGGCUCCAUACACGAAGAGCUAGCGCUGCAACGAGAUGGGAGUCGGACCUCGAUGCGUGGCGAGAUUUCCUCCGUUGGUGACGUGGAACCGCAGCGACGCUGGGGUCCGUUAGACCUGAAAGACGAGCAACCUCCACCUACUGCGAUCGCCGGGAGACGAGACACACACGAGGCCGUCGCUUUGCUUCGAACGAACGUGUACCACAGUGCGCCUGUAACGCACAUCAAGGUGCCCAAGUUGAGAACCUCAGACGCAGUUCGCGCAGCGUUGGACCCCCACGACCAUCCUAUCCAUGCCCCACAACAGUCGGUGUCGGAGCAGCAAGUGCGGACGCGCGCCUUCCCUAUGCACGGCCUGAGGAUAUGGCAGUCUUUGGUCGAGCUGUUCAUGCGGAAGAGCACCAAGAAAGUAGAGAAUGGUGCCAAACAUGCCUCGUCGACGCUACGCGCUGCGCGGGACAAGUUUGGAUUCCUGGAUCUCACUUAG